AUGUUUCCUAAUUACGAAAUAAAUCGCAUAUUCACGUCUAGGUCCUAUAAGGCUCUGCGAACCAGAAAAAAGACACGAUGGGAAUGUAAAGCUACCACUGAAGGACGCAGAACGCUAUCAUAUCGUAUUCUUUACACCUACCAGGCAACUUUCGACACGCUGGGAUUCGUUCUAGUUCGGAAACCAUGGUUUUUCCUAUUCGGAUUUCUUGCAGUUCUUAUCGUAAGUUGCCUAGGACUCAUUCGAUUUCGUGCGGACCCACCUUUAGUGGAGAGUUUUACCGCAUCCAGUGGCCAAUCUAGGGAAGACUUGCGACAUGCGUCACAAUUCUUUCCUCGUCUCGAUGCGCGGCAAGAAGAAAUUAUUAUGACCCCUAAGCUUGGUAAUAACAUCUUGAGAUGGAAUUGUUUGAAGGACGCUUUACUUGUGCACUGGACCGUGGUGAACAUCAGUGGAUUCCAUGAAACAUGCUUGAAGAAUUUGAAUCCAAAUCCUCUCCAAAAACUUGCCAAACAACCCUGCAUUAUCAGCAAUCCACUCGAGCUAGCUGAAUUUCAGUUUGAUAAGUUAAAGAACCUUUCUUCUAUUCUGGCUCGCGAGUUGAAAAAUUCGUCCAAGGUUCUCUCAACCGGUCAAACGUUUAAUUCUUCAUACAAGGAAAUGAUGGGUAAUUUUCAGGCCCAGCCGAAGACAUCUUCACAGAGUUCAAGAGCCGACGCCCUUCGAGUUAUUUACUUCAUCAAAAGUGCAACCGAUGGAAAAGAUCAGCAAAAAAUUCUUGCUUUUGAAAAAUCGCUUGAGAAUCUCCUCUAUCAGAUUAGCGAUCGAUUGAAAUGUGUGUCACUCUCCUUCAACACUGCGAGGACAAAAACUGAUGCUCUGCAAAAUGUUUUGAAACCUGAAUUAUGGUCACUUUGCUUUUUUCCAUUCGCAAUGACUGUUCUUGUCUUCACUGUCAUACACUUUUCCUCUAAGAGUCUCCGUUGGUCAUCAACAAUGUUAUUGAUGGCUACUUCUAUUUUGGCCCCACUACUAUGUUCUGCUGGUAUUAUCUCAAUAGCUCACAUUACCUUUUUCCCCACUACCUUGUUUAUCCCCUUCUUUUUUAUGGCGAAAGGAACCUUAGAUGUUGUACAUUUCUUACUCGAAUGGGAACGGCAGAAAACAAUAGCAUCACUUGAACAUCGUGUCGGUAUUUGUGUCUUCAAAGUAGGAUAUCCCGCUGUGCUAUCUACAGUAUGUGGAACACUACUUUCUGCAGUUGCAGUUAAAUCUUCAUUCGAUGUCAUUGCACAUUUUUUCUUAGCAACCCUUGUCGUUAAUAUGGUCACUUCUGUGGCCUUUGUGGUGACAGCCAUUUUGCUGAUAUCUCUCCAUAAGAUGUCAAGGGUAAAAAGUGACGAACCGGAAAUGGAGCAAAAUCAGAAGAAUAAACCACCACGUAUUCUGAAAGCCCUCACGCGCAUAAUGACGUCGUCUGGUGGAAAAGCUGCUGCCAUUAUUUUCCUCGUCUGUGUCUUCAUUUUGUGUACCUUAUCUGCUUUACAACUUCUUGACAAAACUAGCACCAUUGAGUCACUUUAUGGAAAUGACAACUUUAAGAAGUUUAAGACUGCACAGACUAAAUUCUUUUCAAGGAAAGGUGACAUCAGUAUCCUUUUUUCCCAGAACACUGACUAUUCCGAACCGGCCGUGCAGAAUGAAAUGGUGAAAAUUUGUGAUAAACUAAAAAAGUCCUCUUACAGCAAUGGAGUAACAUCUUGUUGGAUGGAAGCGUUACGAAAGUGGGCGAUAUAUCAAAAUAAAACUUGCUCAUACUCAGCAUUUUAUACGUGUCUAGGACAGUUCCUGAACCAAUCCCGAAACGCUCCGAUACGGCAAGACUUGCGUUUUGGACCUACAGAAUCCCCAUUCAAAAUUUUGGCAUCUCGAGUUCAUCUGAAUAUGCCACUAUUCAACAGAUAUCAGAAGGACGAGAAAUCCGUGGAGAUGUUGAGAAAAGACUUAUUACAGUUUGACUUGGAACCCGUCGCAGUAUCCAAGAGAUUCUUCGAUCUCGACGAUGUGUUUUUGUUAAAACAGGAAGCAUGCAUAUUCGUUUUUGCAGCUGCCACAGCCGUGGUGUUCGUAAUCUCCCUGUUAUCAACUUUCAACUUAGAGAUUAGCACUCUCUUGGCUCUUACAAUGGACAUCCUAUUAUUGGAGGCGGCAGCUGUCAUAGUGGUGUUAGAGAUUCCUUUCAACAAAGUCUCUUUUCUCUCUGUCUUUGCAACCAGUAUGAUAACCCUAAAUUUUUGCUUUCAAGUUGCCUACUCAUUUGUAUUUUCAGCAAGGACAGAAAUUAGGUAUCGAGUUAUCGACGCUAUACGCUUUGUUGGGUGGCCUGUGGUUAUUAGUUGGUUAGUAAUGAGUUGUGGUUCCUUGUCACUAGGCUUCAUUUAUCCCAGUCUGGGAGACAUUUUCCACAGACUUCUUCCUCUAGUCUUUGCUCUUGGGCUGAUUCAGGCUCUCGUUGUUUUGCCAGCAAUGAUUGCACUAUUAACCGAAUUAGUGCAUCUUUUGAGUUCUCGGUACAGUGCAGAUAGUUUGCCUUCGUCUAAGGAACAAAUCGAUCUACCGCCGUUAUCUAUAGAUGUACGGGAUGACAACAAAAGCCUAGUCAAGUCUAAACGCCCUGGAAUUUCAAUCGUGGGCAUCAGUUGCAGAUUCCCUGGAGCCAGCACUAAAGACUUGUUUUGGGAUCUACUUGAGCACGGGAAGAGUUUCCAUGGUGCAUUCCCCAAGAACAGAACUGAGCAACAUAAAUUAUUUCAUGAAUACUACAAUCCUCGGCGCUUUGUGAGUGGACGCCUCUGCGUUGUGAAUGGCUCUUACUUAGAGGAUUUAACACAGUUUGACAACAAGUUCUUCGGUAUUUCUGAUCAAGAAGCUCGUGCAAUGGAUCCUCAGCAAAGAAUCCUUCUACAUGUGGUUUACGAAGCUAUCGAGGAUGCUGGUAUGCGACUUGAAGACUUGCAGGGAUGUAGGACGGGCGUCUUUGUUGGAGUGAUGAAUAUGGAUUACCCCGAAAUUGUAGGAUACCCAUCAAACUACCAUAAUAUAGACCAGUUCACCGCAGUUGGUAACGCAAUGAGUAUUCUUGCAAACAGAGUUUCCUUUUGCCUUAACUUGACAGGUCCGAGUAUUGUUGUUGAUACAGCAUGUUCGUCAUCUUUGACUGCUCUCAAACUAGCCGCUGACAGUCUGCACAAUGAGGAAUGCGAGGUGGCGAUUGUUUGUGCACCUAACAUUGUCCUGAGUCACGUUAAGCAAAUGGGGUCAAGCCUUGGUGGACUUCUGGCUCCUGACGGGCGAUGUAAGAGUUUUGAUGCCUCUGGCGAUGGUUAUGGCCGCGGAGAAGGUUUUGCAGCAAUUGUUUUGAAGUUGACGAAUGCAGCCUUAUGUGACAAAGAUGAUCCAUACUGCGAAAUUAUUGCUUGUGGUGUGAACAACGAUGGACAAAAUGCAGUACCGAUUACUGCCCCAAGUGCGAAAGUGCAAGCGGAAUUGUCUAAGAUGGUCCUAGAACAGUCUGGUUUGACUGCAAAAGAUGUGGAUUACGUGGAGGCGCAUGGAACAGGUACUGCAAUCGGAGAUGUAGUUGAGGUCACCUCCAUAGCUGAUGUAUAUUCUAGAAAUAUAACAUCACCAAAGCGAAAAUUAAGGAUCGGCUCCGUCAAGUCAAAUCUCAAUCACACAGAAUCUACUUCCGGUCUUGCGGGCAUAAUCAAGGUGGCGCUGAUGAUCAAAAACAAGAAGUAUGUACCAACUGUCAACGUUCAAGUCCUAAAUCCAAAGCUGAAGCUGGAAGAAAACAAACUAGUUGUGCAACAAACAAGUGAGCCGUGGGAAAAAGAGGAUGGAAAACUACGAGUAGCUGCCAUAAACUCAUUUGGUUUUGGUGGAUCAAAUGUGCAUUUAAUCCUUCGCGAAAUUACUGCAAAGCAAAUGUCGCAUGAAGAAAGUGUUCUUCACCGAAGCCAUGUUCUUACCCUGUCAGCGCGUUCUAAAGAAGCUUUACAAAAGAUGGCUCAUCAGUACUCUGAAUGGAUUAAAGAUAACAUGGAAGAAAUGGAUGAAACCUUCACAGAAAACUUGUGCUUCUCUUUGAAUGAACGCCGAAGUCGGUUUCCGUACCGGUUGGCAGUUCCUUUCAACUCCACUGCUGAAGCAUCUCACUCUUUGGCAGCUUUCGCUGAUGACUGCGUGGGUUGGGAUAAGCUGGUUUCUUACGCCGAAGCGAGCUCUAACAACGGAAAAUUUGUUUUCAUGUUUGGUGGUCAAGGAUCACAAUGGUAUGCAAUGGGAAGACAGUUAAUUGAAUGUGAAGCCACCUUCAGAGACGCUGUCUUAAUGGUGAACGAUUUACUUCAGAAUUUAGGCGCGAAAUGGUCUCUCAUAGAUGAGUUGAUGGCACCCGAGGGAGACUCAAGAAUUUCUGAGAAUUACAUCGCUCAGCCGGCAACGUUUGCCAUCCAAUAUGCGACUGCAAAACUAUUAAUGUCAUGGAAAAUCCAUCCGUCUGCCGUGAUUGGGCACAGCUUAGGAGAGUUUGCAGCUGCCUGUACUGCUGGCAUCAUCACUGUCAAAGAAGCAGUUCAAUUAGUCCUUGCUCGGUCCACCCUUCAAGAUAAAUGCGCUGAAGAUGGUGGUAUGGCAGCUCUGGGCAUGUCCGAAGUAAAGGCGAGGGCGUUAUUGGAGUCUUUACAGCUAAGCGACACGCUGGACAUAGCCGCAGUGAAUGAUGCAGACAGUGUUACCGUGGCUGGAGAAUCCCGGUCAAUAGAGAUCCUUGGUCAACAUCUCGCAAUGUACGCAAAAGAUACCUUCUGGCGCAUUCUUGGUACAAAACGCGCUUUUCACACCAUUUACAUGGAACCAAUCAAAAAGCCGUUUUCUGCAGCUGUAAAACGCAUCAACCUGAAUCCUCAGCUGUCUAAAAUCCCAAUGUACUCUACAGUACAUGGUGAAGUUCUGUCGGGUCAGCGGUUUAACGGCGACUAUUGGUGGCAAAAUAUUCGCUCCUCGGUCCAGUUCUAUCCAGCCAUGAAACAACUUCUCGGCAGCGGCUUUAGACAGAUUAUCGAGAUAAGUGCACAGCCAAUUUUAGCCCAUUAUGUUAAACAAAUUUCUCGACAAGAAAAGCUAGAAGACCAAGAAACUCCAGUUGUUCUGGCAACACUUCCUCGAAGAAAGGUACCUGUUAAAGAUCAACACAAAUCCUUUCUUCAAAACACAGUUUGUCAACUGUACACGAUGGGACAUCCAGUAGAUUGGACUUGUGUGCAGAAGAAUCCAUCAGCAAGGUUUGUUCGUUCUCUGAAUUCUCCCUGGCUAGAGAAAACUUUUUGGUACGACGAGCGUUCAACUUUUGCCACAAUCCCUCCUUUCGGAUCAAAGCAGAUAGAAAAGAAACCAUCACAUCCAUUUCUUCCUCAAGAGAAAAUGGCCGACCCUUACUCUCACUUGCACUGCUGGGAAACUGAGAUUGACCUCCAUCGCUUUCCAACACUCAAGGAUCACUCUUUCAUUCAAGGAGGUGCUGUUAUGCCUGGAGCUGUCUAUAUAGAAAUGGCAUUUGGAAUGGUGAAGGAUAAGUUCGCAAACGUGUCUGGCCUGGAGCUUAGUGAUGUAAAGCUCUAUAGCAUUCUUACCCUGCCCGAAACACAGGUAACUAGAAUAAACGCGUACAGAUCAAAUUAUUUUUUAGCACGGUGGAAAAAAGCAAGGUAGAAAAUUGCUUCAGGUGUCCUUAUUCAUUUUGUAUUUUUUCUUCGCUUCUAAGGUUCGAUGUUUACGUCUUCGGCUUCAAAAAAGCAGCAGAAUUGACGAGGCUAAAUUUCAUAUUACAAGUGUUCAGGAUGACGAGUCUGAGAUAACAUUGAGCAGCGGGAACAUCUCCAUAGAUCUUUUGGAAAGUCGCCACAGUUUUGAUAAUAAAGGUAUGAUGUCGUUAAAUUUUUGUUUACUCUCUAUCACCAUCACCAGGCAAUCGUAGUUGUUUUUUUGAAUAUCAGAGAGCACUGAAUUUGUCAGAAUAAGUUAUGAUAACUCAUUUCAUAAGACAGAGAAAGCCGAAUAUAAUUUCAUCGUUCCUGUCGAGACCUCCCGUUGUAAUAAUCACGGCGUGGGAUCUAUACUUUGGUAUAAUGUUUCAAUAUACUAUAUUUCCAUUAUUUUCCUGGAACGAAAUUUCGUAAAAUGCAUGGAUUGAAAAUCAUUUGUGUAGAGAUGACAAACAUUGACAUCACCUCACGUUAUUUAACUGAUCCGCUGUUUUUGCUUUAUAGUUUUCAAUCAAGGUGGUUCAAGUAUAAAUGAGCUGAAAGUAAACAUGGAACAAAUGCCUGUGGAGAGCUUCAAACGACUAACCGAAAAGUUUGGCUUCAAUUAUGGCCCCAAAUUCUCAUUAAUCAAAAAGAUAUGGCGACGGGACAAUGAAGGAUUUUGCUUGAUUGACAUAAGUGAAUCGCCAACCAUUCAAAACGAAAGAGGUGCUUACAUCUUACAUCCCUGUAUUUUAGAUGCCUGUCUGCAAUCCUGCUUCGUUGCCCUUGGAAACUUAGAGGGCGAGGAUACAUCCAUUGUGCCCGUGGGGUUCAAAAGCGUCACCCUUAACCACGUUCCAGCAACCAACCAGCUUUAUUGCCACGCCAUUGAGACCAAACUUGGAAGUUUUGAUGUUCGUUUGAUGAGCCCUUGUGGAACAGUUUUGCUAGCCAUAGGUGACUUUCGUUUGGCUGGGGUGACAAGCACGCAACGUGAAUAUCCUUUCGAGGAGCUUAGGUACGAAAUCCAGUGGAUACAAGAGGACUUACGUGAGAAGAGAGGUGCGGAGCCACGUCUGAACUGCCUACUGCUAAAAGAGUCUUCAAGUUUCUCGCAUGCCUUAUUAAGAAGACUUCAGGAAGCUAACGCAAACCUGACUGCUCUUGACCCGCCAAGUGAUGGAGGUCCUAGGAGUACGGUAGAAGAAGCAAUAAUGGCAGCCAUUAAUGACAUACCACCGGAAAAUUCAUCACACCUCUGCGUCAUAAACUUGUGGCCAGUAGAGGCGACAAAUCGACCUCAUGACUUCAGUGUAAUAGAUGAAGUCCAAAGCCUUGCCCUACAUAGUUCCGUUUUCUUAAUGAAGUACCUAAUGGAGAAGAAGUGGCACAACUGCCAAAUCUUCCUCGUCACCGAGCGUUCACAGAUGUUGGAUAGCUCAGAGAAGUUUCCCGGGACAAACUCCUUUCCGUGGUGUUCUACAGUCUGGGGUUUUCGCCGAACAGCAGGCAUCGAAGACCCAAACUUCACAAUCAAAGCUGUUGACAUUAGCAACAAAAGGGAUACAGGCGACGUAGAUUCUCUAAUGGAUGAAAUUUUGAGUGAAAGCAAUGAAGAAGAGGUAGUCUUUCGUGACGGCAAGCGCUUCGUCAAUCGCAUCGUGAGAUCAGAAACUUCCUCAGAACAACCCACAACUAACGCAGUUAAAAGCAAAGAAAGAGCCACCUGGUACCUAUCAAGAAACCCGUCUUCAUCGACGAUCUGCCUACGUGAGAACAGUCUUUCGAAACCAUCGUACUCAGAAGUUACAAUAGACAUUCUUCAUUGCUGGACUCCCUCUGAAUCUAUUAUUGAUGUUUCCAGACCAAACGGAAGUGUCUUCAUUCUUGGAAAGGUGACAGAUUUAUCAGGAGGGAGCCUAAACACUUUGAAGAUUGGAGACGAAGUUUGUGGUAUCAUGUCCUCAGGCCGGGUUUCGCGCACCGUUACCGUUCCUAUCAACAACGUCUUUGUUAAACCAACCAGCUUAACAAGUCAGCAAGCCACAUUUGUUCCUGGAAGUUUAGCCAUAGCUUUGUACGCCCUUCAAAGAGCAGCAGAAGCAGGAAACGGAAGUCGAAAACUGCUGAUACAUGAAGCAAACCGGGGUCCUGGGCCUGCCGCAGUUGUCCUUGCAAAAGCAUUAGGGCACCGAGCAUUCUGCACCAUUUCUGACGCUUGUCGUUCAGACACAAAAACUGUUCUUACUGAGAUGGGUGCGGAACGUGUAAUAAAUCAGAGUUCCUGUGGUCUCCAUGACGAUCUCAGUCACAAUUUUGAUGCCGCGGUAUUUUUUUACCCACCUUCCCCCAACUUACUUCAGAAAAGUAGUCGUUCUCUCAAAAGGGGUGGACGUAUUAUCAUUCUGAGUUCCAAAUUCCAAGGUGACGUUGUGUUCAACGCAGAUACCAAUAUCGCAUAUGAGAGAGCAGAAGUUGUGGAUGUCCUCAGAGCUCCUCAGGUCUUCCAAAAGCUCAGUGCAGAGAGCGUUCAGUUGCUAAGACGGACAGGAAAUCUGGAAACGCUUCUAAGAAUGCAGUCAGUGUCUAGUAAGGUAGAAACAGCCAUCGAAGUAGCAAAUGUAUCCCUCACCGAUCCGUCAGCUUCAAGUAGUCAUAAGAACGCAUCCACUGAUAUAUCAUUUCUACUCUAUUCGUUCCCAUCAUCUGAAAAGGAGAGCGGCUUUAAUAAGAUUCCUAUCCUUCCACGUGGUUUAGAUGACUGUGGUCUUAGAGAAAACAAAACAUACUUGGUAGCAGGGGGUAUCCGCGGAUAUGGGUUUGAAGUGGCUCGCUGGAUGGCUGAGAAUGGAGCGCAGUCCAUAGGACUCAUUGGUCGCUCUAAACCCUCGGAUACCAAACUUCAAGAGGUCCGAGAAUUGGAAAGAAGGACCAGCACAAAGAUCCAUAUGUUUCAGGUGGUUAUUUUUGGUUGCAUAGGUUAUAGAGUAAUCAAAUAGCAGAUAUCUGAGCUUAAAAAGCGAAUACAUUAUCAAAAGAAAGCUGAAUUAGAGGAAUUUAACGAAAUCAGAGAGGUCAAAUGCGGCAUGAAAGCCAAAAUGAAUAAAACUUAUAUUACCGCAGUUAUAAACACAAGUAUUAGCAUUUUGAAUUCACAUUAUGCUCAUUCAGGGUUGGCCCAAUAAUGUCAUUAGAUAGACGCUCAGCCAGUUUCACGAGGGCACAAGUAGGAAUUCUGUCAAGGCCUGGAUUUGUUUCAGCUUUAUUUUCAAAACUAUUCUAGUUGCGUGCACAACCUCGAUGAUUCUUUUUCUGCUAAAAGAAAUGUAGAUAAGGAUAAAGUAAUCCUAAAAAAAUAGAUUUCAACAAAAAUAUAUAUGUUUUUUGUUUCCGUAUAGAUCGACAUAUCUGACGAGGAUCAAAUGUUGUCUCUCAAAGAGAAACUUAAAUCCCUGCCGAGCGUGGCUGGCAUCGUGAACUCUGCUAUGGUUCUCAAAGAUCAAUUCAUAAGAGAUUUCACUUUUGAAAGUUUCAGUGUCGUCAUGGGCUCCAAGAUUAAAGGUUUGUAAAUGGUUCAAAUGUUUUUUCAAUUUAUCAUUUCAUGCAAUAGAUGUGACACCACAUAUCAGACAUUGUGUUUUUGUAGUAUUUUUCAAUGGAACAUAUUUUAUUUAUCCUCCAAAGUUUUAAUUUUGGCAGAUUGCAGGGUAGAAAUCCCUAAUUGCUGCCUAUUACUUAUUUAUACAUUCUUCAUAGAUCAAUAAGAAUGAGAUAUGUUUCUGAGUGCAUUACAAUAUUGCUUGUAUCACCUGUAUCACUUCACUACUACUAUUAUUGUAACUAUGGUUUGUGCUAACAAUUUAGUAACAUUCAGCCACAUUUGUGGUCAACUUGCCCUUCCCCCAAUGUUACAGUUUGCUAAAAUGCGUCCCGGGACUAUUUCAAAUGGUUUAGCUAACAGUUUUCAACUAACCUAUAGGUUCAUUCUUACUACAUCAAAUGAGCCUGGACAUGGAUUUGGAUUUCUUCGUCAUGUUUUCAUCCAUUGCUUCAGUCUUGGGAAACAUGGGACAGACGUCAUACGCAGCUAGCAACCAUUUUCAAGAUGCUCUGGCUGAGUAUCGAAGAAAGGUUCUUGGUUUACCGGGACUGGCUAUAAACUGGGGACCCAUAUCUGGAGCUGGAGUAAUGACACGAGACAGCCAUGUUGCUAAGCUGAUGACCAUGGGAGGAUUGGGCUUUAUCCAUGCCAAGGAUGGUAAGCCAAAAUUAAGUAAAAUCUCAAGAUAAGUUAUAAUAUAUAAAACUGCGCAAGGAACUCCUCGGCUGGUGGAAAAAGGGAGCUAAUCUGAAGCUGGCUGAUAAGGAGAAUUAAUCCAAACCAAACACUGGUUGUUUAAAGCAGGGGUGAUCGUUUACGCAGGUGGUUUUGUAAGAUUUUUCACAAGCUUGAUGGGUGGAAUUCAUAAUAACUCUUAAUUCAUAAAUUCAUCACGAGCACCUAGUCGUAAACUUAGCAUAGUUCAUGUAGAAACUAACCCAUAACGGAACAUUUCUGUCUCAAAACUAUUUUCCUAGGAGUUAAAUACAUGGCCAGAAUCCUCACUGAGGAACCGAGCCGCUUUCAACUUAUGCUAUGUGGACUGGACUGGCCACGCUACCAGAAGACCUAUGAAGGCUUGAGGAAGACACCCCGACUAUCGGCUAUAACUGCUGAACAAAGCAUUUCUGAUAACCAGACCAAUUUAGCAGUUUCUCUUGUGGAAAGAAUUGUGAUGGAGAGGGACUCAGAGAAGAAGGAAGCGCUUGUUUUAGAGUACCUCGUUUUGGUUCUUCAAGAGCGUACAGGGCUCACAAAUCUCUCCGAAACAGAUUACAACAAGAAUUUGUAUAGCUAUGGCAUUGACUCAACAGGGGCUCUUAUUCUAAAAAUGCAUUUUGAAGCGGAAUUGGAGGUCUCUUUUGAGGUACGUUGCUUCAUAAAAACUGACGUUGACUUGCCAAAUAAACAUUUAGUUUCCUUGACUCGCAGAGAAUGGUAAACAUAAUAGCCAAUUGAUGACUUAUGACACAGGCACAUAACCCCCGUUCUCUUCAUUUACGUUGAGUGACAUUUCCGUUGCUUCUCGUUUAUUAUUUCAGACUUUGUCAGCAUCAUUCAUUUUUCGAGGAAAUAUGCUAUAGAUUUCUUUAUUGACACCAAUAAAAAAAAUAAUCUGGUUGUUUUCAGGUUUUCUAUUUCAUGCAACCCGAUACUACCCUGAUCAAAUUGUCAAGAGACGUCACAGUAAGACUUAGUGGCCAAACCUCAAGUGGGCGACCUCAAGAAACUCAAAGUCAAGAAAGUGCAACUCAACCGGCUAAAGUAAUGGUGGAAAUGCCUCAUACAACGACACAGGAGCAGCAGCAGGUCCAAGUCGUUCCCCUGUACACUCCUGUCACCUCAGCUGUCAACUUUUUCUGUGUUCACCCCUUUCACCGUUAUGCAAUGAACUUGGUGCCAAUUUCCACUGGAUUUCAAGGACAGGUAAAUGGUCGUAAAUAGGUGAUCUUAAGUAGCUCAGGUAAUGGAAGCAUUUUCUGUAUGCUAAAGCUUUCUGUGAUACCAAUUGAACGUUAUCAACACUUAAAGAAGUAACCUUUCUUUUCUAAUACUCAAUUUAUGUUUAUAAAAGGUUGGUAAAUGUGGUAUUUGUCCAAAUUUUGAAACUGCACAAAGCGUUAGGACGCUCGACCACUAAAACAUUACCACUGAACAUUUAAACAUUACCACUUUUAAAUAGAGUACACCUCUAUACUAUCGUUUCAGUACGUCUUGAACCCCACAAUGUGCAAGUCAUCGAAGGGUGCAGUUUCCAAUCAUUUGAACAACAGUGUCACCUUAUAAUUGUCACUGAAAUUAUUCCAUCCCCUCUCUAGGAUCUGGUCUCCUUUUACGCUCUGGGCUUCACCGAUCCAACAGCAGUCAGUGAGGACUGGGGCACAGUACGUGAACUUGCCGCACAUUAUGUUCAACUGAUCAUGAAUAAACAACCUCAUGGGCCUUACUUCCUUGGCGGAUAUUCGUACGGCGGAAUCGUUGCUUACGAAAUGGCUUCUUUGUUGACAGAGAGGAAUCAAAGCGUAGAGUUUUUGGCCAUGAUUGACACAUUUCCUUGGAAUCUGCACACGCGGACAAUUAGUGCUAGAAUGGUUUCCAUUCAGGAGGAUGCAGCCGCCUCACAUCGACACGUACAGGUGUGUUCGCGAUCCUUAUCACACAAAAUAAGAAUAAAAUUGUGGAAUGGCUCUUAUGUCUGAACUAUUUUCUCACAUAUUUGCAUUGAAGCCAUAAAGAAAAUAAACAAACUAACUUCUGUUUUGAAGAUUUACAAAAAAAACGUUUACGCCUCUUUCUGAGACUGAACCACUAGCCUUGAAAGAAUUUGAUAACUUCUUUUUAACUAGCACCAGCAUAAUUUUUUUCACAAAGAAACAGCAAGAGACUAUAACUGAGUCUCAGUUUAUAAUCUCUUGUGGAGAGUAAUAGGAAGACAAAUGAUUGACCUGUAAAAUUCUUAUGCAUGUUAAUCCUUUCUACUGAUAAAAUAUACUCUAUACUUAAGGCUAUCACUGACUCAAAAAUGCUCUUCGGAUCCAUGCUGGUAACUAUGGACUCAUGUUCAUAAAUUGCCCAUCUUAAAAGUCUUAGUAUCUUAAUGACCAUAAUAGAAUAUCGAACGCUUUUCUUUGUUUACAGUUUCAAUUUGAGAACCAUCUGAGAAAGGUUGCAGUGGACACCCUGAUGAUGACAGCUGACGAAUAUCAGCAUUUGCGGGAGAAUAAUACACAAGACGAGGUUAUGGAAGAACUACAGAAAUUGUGCCAUGAGAAAGGUCUCUUAACCCACGACUUAAAGGCUCUUAGAGAGUCGUUACUGAUGAAUCAUAGAAUAUCUCGUAGAACACAUCUAGAAUGGCAGCCUCAAGAGGUACGAAGUGUGAUUUAUGAUAUGCGCAAUAUCGGUUUGAUGCCCAAUCACAAAUGGAGAAUAUUUUAAAUGGUUUUUUACUUCUGCAUCCACCUCUAGGUUCGUUAUCGUGGUCCCCUUACCUAUCUCAAAAGCCAAAACGAGCGCUUUUCUCCGUGGUCCCCCACCUCGGUCGAAGAAAUAUGGGGUCACCUAGUAGAUGGAGGUUCUACCGUGCUAGUUUGUCCCGGAGAUCAUUUUUCCUUGAGUGAGCUACCCAACGCUGAAGUUACAGGAAGUAUCUUAGCAACAGCCAUCGCAUUUACCUAUCGCUCUAUGUUCCCUGAAAUUGCCAGACCUACAAGAACUUUUAAUCAAAGGAGAGCCGUGGAAAAACUUUGCUGUGGAGUUCGUGUGUUCCUUCAUUCCAAAAAUGGUAAUAUUCUUUAAGAAGAUGCUCGGCUAGUAGUGUUGUUUAUGCAUAUCUAUAUGAACUAGUAUCCGUUGGCGCACUAUAACCAAUGUAAAUUUAGUGAUCCACCAUCUAAUAUUUCAUAUUUUUCAUAAAUUGAACACAAGAUGAAAACAUUAAUUAAGGUUUCAUGUGGUCGAUUGUCUGUCAUUUAACGAUUUCCAAACCUCCUUCCAUUCCAGGUAAAAAAUUGCCACAUUUUGGAGAACUUCACCUCCAAGAAGAUGCCGGCAGACUGGAGCUGAGAUCCAAGGUUAACGAAGGAGAAAUGAAGGAGAUCAAGAAAACGAAGAAGAUAAUUGACCUGAAAGGUAAUCAAAAUAAUCAGUUAAGCUUCAUCGCAUUUGUUCGAUUUUUUUUUUUGACAUUGUAUAGUUUCAAUAAGGUUUCACGUCUAGACUGUUACGCCUGCACAUUCAUCAUCAUUAUCUGCCUUAGUAAAUUCGACUUUAUACUGCAAUCAUAUCUUAGACCACAACUUUGCCUUAUUACACUCUUAACUACAUUAAAAAAAAUGAUAAACGUUCUGUCACUAAACUUGAAAAAAAUGUGUCAUUAGGUAACUUUAAACCCGGUUUUUAUCGUUUCUCUUAGACCUCCGAAUGGUUCAGCCGGGAAGAAUUGUUUCCAGUGCCCUUAAAUUUGCCUGGCGAAAGCGUAGAGUUGGAGCACAUCAGAGCGGGAACCUGGAGCAAGUUGCAUCCGUAAUUACGGGACGCCGUGAUUUCAACCUAGAAUUCACUGAUUAUUCUGAUCUGAAAGCGUUUUACCACAUGGUGGAAGCUGUGUUCGCAGUUAAAUUGUUGACUAGUUAGGUCCAUAAACUUUGCUUAGCAUCAGAUCAGUCGCAAAUAUGAAGGUUUUAUUUUUUAAAAAACAACUACUUUGUCGCACCAGAAAGAGUUUCAAAGGCUGUUGAGUAGUAGGUUCAAGUUAGGCUUAAUUAAGGGGUAAACUUAAGUAAACUAUAGAGGACAUUCACUCGCGACUCUUUGUAGAGAGAAAAAAAGAAGCUGUCAUAUGAUAUCUUUUUAUGAAUAACUAUAAUUCCUAAAAAAAGAAAUUUCAGAUCUUUUUAUUAAGUGAAAAUUGGUCGUGUAUCGUUUAUCAUGUAGCAAGCUUUUUAAUGUUCGAAUCUAACUUAUGCUUAAGAGGCAAAUGGUACAAUCUGAAAAAUUAUACUGUCUAUCUGUUAGUCAUCUGUAGAAAUAUCUACAUGGGUAAUGAGUAGCAAAGAUUUUUCCAUUUUCCAUUUCCCAUUGUAUCUUGUAUCCAGAAAGGAUAAGAUAAAUUGGCGACGUCAGAAGAAAUGUUAUUACCGUUUCAGUUGUAGUAAACUUGGUUCCAAAGCUAUCAUAUGAUGGGACUGCCUGAAUCAUUCUAUAACAAUCAGGUUCUUAGACGAUAACAAUACACUUUAUAUUUUGAAAAAAUAUAAAGCUGGAAGUGGCAUUCACAAAAUAGAAAUUAAAAAGAGAAACAGGCGAACCUUUUUCAGCAUACGUGCAUGAGGAAGGUUGAAAAGUGUGAUUUUUUUCAAACGAUUAGUUGUGGAUUCGAAAACAGAGCUUUAACAGCUUACAGCAAUCAAAUCCCAACUAAUUAACGAUCGACCAUACUAGGACAAUCUUCAUUUCAGUACAUUAAAAUGUAAACUUACUUAUUGCAAGAUUAAAUUUCAUUAUAAUCCUCUCCAUCGUUGAUUAACUAAAAUUUCAAAACGUGUUGCAUUUCAAGACUAGAAUUACGAUUGAAUUCAAUGGUAAAAUAAGGAGCAACUGCAGAAUACCCGGCCACUCAUUUAGAUGUCAUUGAAUAAGAAUAGCGUCUAUUGUGUUAUGCCUCGAUAUUCAAAGCCUCCCGACACUUGUAAGUGAGGCGGACCAAAGCGGCCGGGUAUUCUGCAGUUAAGCCAAAAUUAAAAUAGUAGGUUAAUAACAUUUAUGAAAUUGAAGUUUUA